AUGAAAUUCUCUAUAUUAUUGGUCGCAGCCACGCUGUCUGUGAAUGGCCGAGCCAUGGCUGCCUGGGGACAUCAACCGGAUCUGCCAGGUGGCAAAGUGGCUCUCAAGCCAAGGCACCAUCACAGCACGUUCAAGCAGCUGAUCGAUCACAAGAAUCCAGAUCUGGGCACCUUUGACCAGCUCUACUUUUACGAUACGACACACUGGAAGGGUCCCGGGUCGCCAGUAGUCUUCUACACGCCGGGCGAGACCAAUGCAACGAAUAGAUGGCUAACCUCCUUUCAGAUGACGGGCCACCUGGCGGAGCGCAUUGGGGCAGCCACGAUUGUGCUUGAACACCGCUAUUGGGGCAACAGCAGUCCCUUCACGGAUCUGAGCACUGCGAAUUUAACAUAUCUCACGCUGGAGAACAGCAUCAAAGACGUCACUCACUUCGCUCGCGAAGUACAAUUGCCAUUUGCUCCGAAAGGCGGGAGCAAUGCUCAAGACGUGCCGUGGGUAAUGAUGGGCGGCAGUUAUGCCGGUGUACUCACGGCAGCUGUUGCACGAGUCGACCCAGGAACUUUCUGGGCAUACCUUGCUUCGAGCGCGCCUGUGCAGGCCAUCUCAGACUACUGGGCCUACUAUCUGCCCAUACAGCAAGGCAUGCCUCAGAACUGCAGCAAGGAUGUAUCACUCGUCAUCGAACAUAUGGACGGCAUCCUGACGCACGGCUCCAAGGAAGAGCAGCGUGCUCUCAAAUCUCGUUUCGGCAUGCAGGACGUUGAGCACAACGACGAUUUCAUGGCUGCCCUAGCUUUGGCCCCAUGGUCUUGGCAAGGCAACCAGUUCGGCGAUGAUACAGGCUUUUGGAAGUGGUGUGAUUACAUCGAGAAUGCUGUCAAUGCGAAAAAACGGAAGAUCACCAUCCCGGGUCCAGAAGGUGUGGGUCUCGAAAAAGCUCUCAAUGGCUACGCCGCCUGGUGGAAAGACGUCAAACUUCCUGACUUCUGCUCAUCGACGUACAAAUAUGCCGAAUUCAACACCACCAACAACACACGGUGCUACGACACAUACAAUGCUUCCUCUCCUCUCUUUACUGACACUUCGCCGGCGAAUCAGGUCAACCGUCAGUGGAUCUGGAUGACCUGCAACGAGCCUUUCGGCUACUGGCACAACGGAAGCCCUCCAGGUCGACCUACUUUAGUGUCACGUCUUUUGACAACAGACUACGCCUUGCGGCAAUGCGGUCUCAUGUUCCCCCCAGGCCCCAAUGGAGAGACAUAUGGCCUCGCAGCAGGCCGCACAGAAGCGGAUGUCAAUGCAUACACGGGUGGCUGGAGCAAUAUCAAUACGAGCCGCCUGAUCUUUGUCAACGGCGAAUUCGAUCCCUGGCGUGAGGCAAGUGUCUCGGCAGACGCUGAAGUCCUGCCUGGAGGACCAUUACAGAGUACUCCACAAGUGCCUGUCGAGAUUGUCCCGGGUGGCUUCCAUUGCAGUGAUAUGAGUAUUUGGAAUGGUAUCGAAAAUAAGCGCGUGAGGAGAGUCCAGAAGAGGAUUGUCAAGCAGUUGGAGGUUUGGGUGAAAGAGUGGCCGAAGAAGAGGAAAGAUUAUCGUGGCUGA